UUCCACAGCGCGCGCGACCCACGAGCUCACUUUCCUCCGCCGAGCAGACAAGUUGGUUCCACAUUUUUUAAUGUGAAACAAAACUUGCAUCUUGUUUUUUUUUUUUUACCCCUGACAUUGCCAUCAAUAUGGAAAUGAACGGGAGCGCCGACAGAGAAAAUGUAGGGGAGGUCCCCCAUACAGGUGUCUGGCACGGUGGCAGCCCCUCUGCUCUCCUGAACAUGAACCACUAUGCCAAUAAGAAGAGUGCAGCAGAGAGCAUGCUGGACGUAGCCCUGCUCAUGGCCAACGCUUCCCAGCUGAAGGCUGUCCUGGAGCAGGGGCCAGACUUCUCCUUGUACACUCGCCUCAUCACUCUCAUCAGCAUCUCCCUCAGCCUGCAGGUCACUGUGGGGGUCCUCCUCAUCUUCAUCGUGCGGUGGAACCUGAAUGACCAGAGUAAACACUUCAGGCUGAAUGUAAUGGAGAACCUGGCCACAGGCCUCGUCUUCGUCAUCGUAGUAGUCAACGUCUUCAUCACUGCCUUUGGAGUACAGAAACCCAAUCAGAAAGCCUGACCAGGACACAGAAAUGCAUCACCACCCCCUUAGUUUGUCCAUGACUCAGCAGCUGUCCUGUUCUCCGUAUCUCCUGACCUCCUAAACGCCCAUGCUCCCCCAACCUGACCCAUAAACACUCACUGUUCCAGGACUCGACGGAAACUUCCACUAGAAAACACCCACCAACAAAACUCAACUACUGUCUUUUUACCAGUCCAGAACCCUUUUGUCCCGAUGAGAGAGGUUUGCUUUCAUAAACAACACUGUGUGUUUGUGUAGGAGACCAACAGGAAAACAGAGACAACAGCCAUGUGACCUCAGUGUCUGCCCCCUGCCCUGUACUGUAGUUAUCCCCAGCAAGCAAGCACACACACUUUCCCUAUCUCUCUGUCACGCUAUCUCGCUCACUCUCACACACACAUACUCCGAGCCACAGCAUUGAGGAAGGCUGAGCCCUGAAUGUAAAUUUUUUAUCACAUUUAUGAGGUGAAAGGAGGACGUCAUGGGUCUUGUUCAGACAGCCUGGGCCACUGUGCCUGACGGGUCUAAAGAGCACAUGUAUGGAAAAAGAGUCUGUGCCUCACUCUCAAAACACUGACCUUUGCUUAGCUAAACAUAGAGAACACAUUCAGCUUGUCUCGUAGUCUCGUAGUAUCAUAUCAACUGCAUUUAAAUAGAACAAAUCGUUGCAGCAUUGAGCAGCAGUUGAUGUGAAACUUGAUCAAUAAAAGAGCUAGGAUUGCACUACAUCAAGGAUUUGCAAUAUCCCGGCUAGAUGUGCCACUGCCCUGUGUAGGGUGCUGUCUUUCGAAUGGGACGUUAAACGGGUGUCCUGACUCUCUGAGGUCAUUAAAGAUCCCAUGGCACUUAUCGUAAGAGUAGGGGUGUUAACCCCGGUGUCCUGGCUAAAUUCCCAAUCUGGCCCUCAAACCAUCAUGGUCACCUAAUAAUCCCCAGUUUACAAUUGGCUCAUUCAUCCCCCUCCUCUCCCCUGUAACUAUUCCCCAGGUCGUUGCUGCAAAUGAGAACGUGUUCUCAGUCAACUUACCUGGUAAAAUAAUGGUAAAAAAAUAAAAAUAAAAAAAUAAAAAUAAAACUGAUAAUCUUGUCUCAGACCAAGACACAUAUAAGAGCUGUGAGAAGAGUGCAUGGUUAUUUUGGCUGUGUGGUGACUCACUAUCACUAUCAUCAGAUAGAGAAAGAACUGCUAAUUAAAACUGAGGCCUUGAUUAGACUCAGUACUGUUACGCAUACACAAUUAACAUCUCACUUUCUCAGACUCUGUACAUCCUUUUACCAUUCAGUCUCCAGCAUUGAAUACACAGCUCAUGGUGAAGAAUUUCAUUGGUUAGCUUAAUGUAAUAGAAAUAGCAAAAGAAAAUCUAGUUUGACGGUUCUGUUCUUACCGCUCAAAAUAAGAUCAUAUUGUAUUGUAAUCCUAGGUUUGGCAGGGACACUCAUAGCUGCUAUUCUAGCUAUGUACUGAUGGAGUCUGAGGGAACAUGACACCAUAACCUAAUGAUACAUUCCCCUUUCUUUCCCAUAGCUUCCAUUGCUAACCAUAGAAUCACACAGACAGACCAUGAUCCAGAUAGUGACACACAAAUCCACUCUAGCCAGGACAAUAGACAGAUCUAUAAACAUUUUGUAUAUCUAUUGCUCUCAUGCACUGUAUCUGGCUCUAACUCAGUGUAAUACCCCUGAGUUGGUUGGAGGAGUCUGGAAUGAAAAGAACUUCUGAAGAAUUUCAAAUUCAGAUGCGCAUCAUCAUCAUCAUGGCUGCAGAUCAUUCUAAGUGGGACUAAUAGCUGUCUGUUGGGACUGGGAGUACUGGGUUUCAAACAGAAAAAUCACUCGAGUGACACCCUCCCCACUCCCUCACCACUCCGAUCCGCCACUCACCAUCCUCCCCAUCUGCUCUUUGAUCUGGGUCUCCCUACAGACAGAAACAGAUAUGGAAACACACAGCUCACUGAAGCAAAGCUGCUGAGAAUAGACACCAGGAAUCUGACUGCCACAGAGAAUCAUCAUCUACCAGACGUCACUCAUCAUCUAUCUUACUGUAACCAGUAAGGGUACUAGAGGAGAUUCCAUAGAGAAAUACACAUGUUCACUUGAACUGCAGAAUAGUAACCACACCUGUCCGGAAGUGUAAAGCUGCUAUGGCACUUGUGAUCAUCUUCAUAGCAGCUCAUUUCAUCAUCCUCUUAUCUGGCCUGCAGAUGUCUUUGGGCUAGGUCAGGAGUGCCCUCUAGUGGUAUUUUUGGUGCUAUUGCAAUGAUGUGAAAUCUUUGUAUUACAUUGUCAGGUUACCACUCUCACAGAUACGUCCUGCUCUGGUAAUAAACGAACAUCCAAAAAGCAUCAAACUGCCUGAAGAAGUGCUGCUGGCUUCUGUAAUGUGUAAGUGUGUUAUUUGUGUAAACCAAUCAUAUUUUUGUGUGAGGUUUUGUAUUGUUUCCCACCCCUGAUUUACUCCUAAACAAGUCACACCAAAAUUAAAU